AUGGACAACAAAAUGGAAAUCGACUCAGGACGAUCGCCCGAACCUCACCACCUUUCCCCUGUGUCCGACCCGGAAUCAAUACCGACCCUGGAUGGCUGGAUUGAGAGCCUUAUGACCUGCAAGCAGCUGGCAGAGCAAGAUGUACAGAGACUGUGUGAUAGGGCAAGAGAGGUACUACAAGAGGAGUCGAACGUUCAGCCAGUGAAAUGCCCAGUGACGGUAUGCGGAGAUAUACACGGCCAGUUCCAUGAUCUCAUGGAACUGUUCCGUAUCGGCGGUCCCAACCCCGAUACCAAUUAUCUCUUCAUGGGUGAUUAUGUCGACCGUGGCUACUAUUCCGUUGAGACCGUGACUCUCCUCGUCGCUCUGAAGAUCCGUUAUCCGCAACGCAUCACCAUCCUCCGCGGCAACCACGAAUCGCGUCAGAUCACCCAAGUGUACGGUUUUUACGACGAGUGUCUGCGGAAAUACGGUAACGCGAAUGUCUGGAAAUACUUCACUGAUCUCUUUGACUUCCUGCCCCUCACCGCUCUCAUCGACAACCAGAUAUUCUGUCUCCACGGAGGUUUGAGUCCGUCCAUCGACACCCUGGACAAUAUCCGCUCGCUAGAUCGGAUCCAGGAAGUGCCCCAUGAAGGACCGAUGUGUGAUUUGCUCUGGAGUGACCCAGAUGAUAGGUGUGGAUGGGGGAUUUCGCCGCGUGGUGCUGGUUAUACCUUUGGGCAGGAUAUUUCGGAGGCGUUUAAUCAUAACAACGGAUUGACCCUGGUUGCAAGAGCCCAUCAAUUAGUGAUGGAGGGAUAUAACUGGUCGCAAGAUCGUAAUGUGGUGACGAUAUUCUCAGCUCCAAAUUACUGUUAUCGUUGCGGAAAUCAAGCUGCCAUUAUGGAAAUCGAUGAGCUUCUCAAAUAUACCUUCCUCCAAUUCGACCCUUGCCCACGCGCCGGCGAACCCAUGGUCUCCCGCCGCACACCCGAUUACUUCCUCUAG